AUGAGAGUACAGUCAGAGGGACAGUCAGAAGUACAGUCAGAGGGACAGUCAGAGGGACUACAGUCAGAGGGACAGUCAGAGGGACAGUCAGAGGGACAGUCAGAGCUACAGUCAGAGGGACAGUCAGAGGGACAGUCAGAGGGACAGUCAGAGGGACAGUCAGAAGUACAGUCAGAGGGACAGUCAGAGGGACAGUCAGAGGGACAGUCAGAGGGACUACAGUCAGAGGGACUACAGUCAGAGCUACAGUCAGAGGGACAGUCAGAGGGACUACAGUACAGUCAGAGGGACAGUCAGAGGGACAGUCAGAGGGACUACAGUACAGUCAGAGCUACAGUCAGAGGGACUACAGUACAGUCAGAGGGACUACAGUACAGUCAGAGGGAUUACAGUACAGUCAGAGGGAUUACAGUACAGUCAGAGGGACUACAGUACAGUCAGAGGGACUACAGUACAGUCAGAGCUACAGUCAGAGGUACAGUCAGAGGUACAGUCAGAGGUACAGUCAGAGCUACAGUCAGAGGGACUACAGUACAGUCAGAGGGACUACAGUACAGUCAGAGGGAUUACAGUACAGUCAGAGGGAUUACAGUACAGUCAGAGCUACAGUCAGAGGUACAGUCAGAGCUACAGUCAGAGGUACAGUCAGAGGUACAGUCAGAGCUACAGUCAGAGGGACUACAGUACAGUCAGAGGGACUACAGUACAGUCAGAGGGACUACAGUACAGUCAGAGGGAUUACAGUACAGUCAGAGGUACAGUCAGAGGGACUACAGUACAGUCAGAGGGACUACAGUACAGUCAGAGCUACAGUCAGAGGGACUACAGGACAGUCAGAGGGACUACAGUACAGUCAGAGGGACUACAGUACAGUCAGAUGUACAGUCAGAGCUACAGUCAGAGGGACAGUCAGAGGUCUCAGUAGCAUGUUUGUAGCAGAGCAGACUCGUCU